AACGUUGGAUGACUUCUGGUAUUUUGAGCUUAAUAAUUUUCCUUACAUUCCAACCAGAAGUCCCCACUCCCACCCACUUGCUAGCAAUGCACCCUCAACUUCUUACACAGGAAGGAACCUUACCACGCCACCCCAAUAUUCCCUCUCUCUUUGUUCUUAGGGUUUCUUCCAUCUUCAACAGAUAUUAGAUCCAUGAACAUGUAUGGAAGGAUUCAAACAGUGCUUUUCUUGCAACAGUUCUAGUACUCAACAUGCUUGAAUCACCCUCUUCUGCUUAAAUCUUAGUCCACUGAUCUCAAAGCUUAUUCACGGGGGGUCUUCAAGGAAAUUGGCUUUAUUGGAUCUUGGAAAUUACAAGUUGAAUCAUCUCUGUGGUUAGUAGGAGCUAGUUGUCUUGGAAAGGAGUUAAAGGCUGGUAGUAAGCUUCAUCAUCAUCACCAAUGGAACACUAUUAUUAGAAGAAUUAUCCAACAGAAAUGGCUGAGACAAUUUGCAUAUCUGAUGAAGACAAGAGUGAAGGGAGCGUCGUUGUUCGAGCCAAACCCCCUUCUCCAGGUCAAAGAAAACGUUCAUUCUUGGACUUGAAUGAAGAAGCUUUGGAUGAUGGAGAUGAUAACAUGAGUGAUGAGACCAGCAACAAUGAGAAUGAGAUAUCAUCUCAAGAAGGUAACUUGAGUACUAGCAAUAACUCCAGUGAAGAGCGUGGAACUACGGUGAGGCAAUAUGUACGGUCCAAAAUGCCAAGGCUGCGUUGGACUCCUGAUCUCCAUUUAUCUUUUGUCCGUGCUGUUGAGAGGCUUGGUGGCCAAGAAAGAGCCACACCCAAGUUGGUUCUCCAAUUGAUGAAUGUGAGAGGACUUAGCAUUGCACAUGUCAAGAGUCAUUUGCAGAUGUAUCGAAGUAAGAAGCUUGAUGAGUCUGGCCAAGUUUUAUCCCAAAAUAGGGUCAUGCAAGGAAGGAAUCAAAUGUUUGAUAUGUACGGAAGACUAAUUAAUGCCCAACAAGGAUACUUUGGGGUUGACAACAAUAAGAACUUUCUGCUGCAGCCAUCAUCUCUAUUAGUGAAACAACCCUAUGAAGAAAUCAAAUCUCAUGGCUCUUCAAGAUUCAACACCACUGGGCUUUUCAAUAGUCACAUGAUCAUGACAUCAAGUUCAUCAGUGUGGGAAAAAGAGCCAAGUUCACAUAUAUUUGAUGUAAGGGAUGCAAUAACAAAAAAUGUGUCUCUUAGUUCUAGCCAAGUACAAGAUAAGAAAUGGCUUCUUCAGGGAAUAGCUACAUCACAAAGAAGUGAUAGACACGAAUCUAUUAUUAGCAUAUCUCAAGAUGACAAGUAUAGUGCACAACCUUCUCCAUGGAGCAACUUCUCUAGUUCUAUCAAUAAUCAAUAUCAACGUAGUUCCUGCAGUAUCUUCAAUGUUCAUGCCCAGUUUGAUGCUGAGGUUCAUGAUUUAAAAGAUCGAAUGCCAGGUUUCACAAAACAAGUUCAAGUAUCGAAGCAAAGUCAUGUUAAGUCCCAGUUAGAGAGGUUGAAUGAGAAGAAAGGAUCACCAAGUUUUCUAGAGCUAAAGCUAAGUCAAGAAACAGGAAAUGUUAGAGACCAAGUGAAUCCUCUCCCAGAAAAUGAGCAGGAAAUCAAUACAAUACUUUCACUAUCAUUGUUCUCUUCGUCAUCCUCAAAUUCAAGGCAACAAGAACAAUGUAGUGAAAAGCAUAAAGACAAUACUCAAAUUGAGAGUAUGUGUUUACAAAAUUGUGUGCCAAUGAGUCGUUUGGGCUGAGUACUAAGGAUCUGACCAUGUCAUAUAGAGCAUAGGAGUGAGAUCUUUCAAGUACUUGCCUUAAUGGACCACAUAUAUGUAUGCAUGCACCUUUUCUUGGUUUUUCAAACAAAAGUAAUUUUAGCUGUUUGACUAUUUAUGUAUGGUGGUCAUCACAUAUGAAUUAGAUGAGAUAGUCAAUGUCAUUUAAUUUGAACA